AUGACCGCCCUCCUGCAAACGACAUAUCUCGGCCAAGUCCAGGGCAAGAAUAUUGACGGCGUAACACAUUAUCGUGGCAUUAAAUAUGCUUCUCUGAGGAAUAGGCUCGCAGAUGCAGAGUUGAUUGCCUCCAGAACGCCUGAAGAAGGUAUUUUGGAUGCUACAAAAGAUGGACCAACAGCUCCUUCUCUCAUCAAUGGGUGUGAAUUUGAACAAAGUGCCAUUCAGCAAACAUUACCUAAGAAGGAGCUACCGCAAUCCGAUACAGAAUGUCUUAAUCUGAAUAUCGCUGUACCAGAGGGAACGACAUCUGCCUCAAGGCUUCCGGUCCUGUUGUUUAUUCAUGGUGGAGGUCUGAAUAUUGGUGCCAACUCGUGGCCACAGUUUGACUGGACCCGUGUGAUCAACCUAUCAGUCGAGAAAGGCGUUCCUAUCUUGGCUGUUGGACCCAAUUAUCGCCUCGGUGCAUUUGGAUUCUUGACUUCCGACGAACUUCGCGCAGCAGGUUACAAGGCCAACAAUGGCUUCCGUGAUCAACGGACUGCUAUUGAAUGGGUGCAUAGACAUAUUCGCGACUUUGGCGGUGACCCAGAUAACAUUACACUUGCAGGAAUGAGUGCGGGUGGAGCUUCAACUACCCAACACCUUCACUCCACCACCCCACUCUGCAAACGCGCAAUCUCGAUGAGUGGACAAAACAUCCUCAUGUCCCCUCUUCUGUACGAAGUACACGAAAAGAGUUACGAAGCGGCUAUCAAAGCCUGGGGUUUUGAUAAAUUAUCGCCGGAAGAUCGCAUCAAAGCAAUUAUCGAGUCACCAGCUGCGGAGCUCGUGGAGAAGAUGCCUCCCGAUGUCUCUCCUAACUUUGCUGUGGACGGUGAUUUGAUUCCGAAUGCACCAACGUUUGCUCAGAUAUCCGACAAGUCUACGGCUAGCUAUCCUGUUGGAAAAAGUUGGUGCAAGGAGAUACUUAUUGGAGAUGCUCAACAUGAUACCUCUAUAUUCGCUGCACUCCUUGGAUUCCAGGCCAAGAACGCUGCACCGCGUUUUAUAUCCGCUCUUGAGACUGCUCUCUCCGCAUAUCCAGUGGAAAUCUCGUCUCAGAUACUAGCGUCAUACAAUAUAUCGUCGACAACGCCGGAUAAAGAGGCGUUUGACCGUAUCCUGGAGCUCACGGAUGAUAUUCUAUUCUACGCGCCUGUACUAGCAUAUGCAGCGGGCUGGCCCGAAGCCGGUAAUGCAUACGUCUAUUACUUCAACGAACAAAAUCCAUUUGAAGGUCCCUUUAAGGGUCAAUCCGCCCACAUUCUGGAUUUGGCUUAUUUCUAUCAGAAUUUCAAUGAUUACCUCACCCCCGAGCAGCAGGAAGUCGCACGAGCUUUUGCCGAGGAUCUUCUCAAGUUUGUUGCUGGCAAAGCGCCAUGGGAGCCUUGCAAGGAUAUGAGUGAGGGAUUCAGAGCGAGAGUAUUUGGACCCAGUGGGAAGCAGCAGGUGAGACGACUUGUGAAGGAAGCUUAUGGUGGUGAGACGCAGAGAAGAGGCGUGAUUCCAAAGCUUGCGAGCGAGAAGGGUGUUAAGUUGGAUGAUUUGACUGGAGUGUUCUUUGUGUUUUUGGGUAGUUUCUCGCCGUAG